CAAUUUGACGUGACGGUGACAGUUGUCAGCUGGUUCCUUAUGAUCGGUGUGUGUUUAGUGAUUAUAUGAAUAAAAAUGUCAAAAUAUGAUUUUGGAUCUCUAAUAAUGAACCGAUAAUAAAAGUACAGGCAGUUCAUUCCGGUUCUUACUAUAAAAGAAGGUAAAAAUGUUCAACGCUUUCAAGAGAUUGACUGGCAAAUCUGACGGAAAUGCCGUGUCAAGACCAAAUCAUCAAUCCAUGCCCACAAAUUUACAGAGGAAAUUUGCUAAGGGAGUUCAAUAUAACAUGAAAAUAAUUAUAAAGGGGGACCGAAACGUGGGCAAGACUUGUUUAUUCUACCGACUUCAGGGACAAAAAUUUAUCGAAGAAUAUGUACAAACUGAAGAAAUUCAAGUGGCAAGUAUUCAGUGGAACUACAAAGCCACCGACGACGUCGUCAAGGUUGAGGUUUGGGACGUCGUCGAUCGUGGAAGACGACGGAGAAAGAUGGACGGACUAAAAAUGGACAACGCACCUUCUGAAAGUAUUAUAGAGGAGCCUGCUUUGGAUGCAGAGUUUCUGGACGUUUACAAAGGGACCAACGGUGUCAUCAUCAUGAUGGACAUAACGAAAUCUUGGACUUUUGAUUACGUGCAACGAGAACUUCCAAAAAUUCCUAGCCAUAUACCAGUUAUUGUUCUAGGUAAUCACUGUGAUAUGUCGCAUCACAGAUGUGUCACUGCGGAUCACGUUACUUAUUUUAUUGACACUUUACAAGGAAGAUUAGCUCAAGUUAGAUACGCAGAGACGUCAAUGAGGAACGGAUUUGGUUUGAAACUUCUGCACAAAUUCUUCAAUCUUCCAUUCCUUCAACUGCAAAGAGAAACGCUUUUGAAACAAAUAGAAACCAACGAGGAGGAAACCCGACUGACAAUACAAGAAUUAGACCUCUACCAAGAAAGCGAUGACGCUGAUUACGAUACAUUUUUAGAUAACCUUGUAAAUAAAAGACGAGCAGUCGCCGAUUCUGCUUCUGCAACCGCCCUAGUUCCUAACGUCACAUCAUCUUUGAGCAACCAUCACCUUUCUUCGCCGAAUUAUUCCGGAAAUUUUAAUUCAGACAUGCGAAGGACAACAUCGAUGCCAGGUCCAAUCGGCGCUGGUAAUCCAAUUCCAGUGAAGAACGCAGAAAUAAGAUCUCCGCCAAAGAAAGAAAGCACAGUACCAAAAAUGCAUGAGAAUUCAGGAAUGAACUCGCCACAGAAGCAACAAGCUUCUUCACUUUCUGCUGCGCACAGCACCCCGAAGGAAAGUUUAAAGCCGGUAGAAAAUUCUGAUAGUGUAGACAGCAGGCGGGAUUCGAAUUCAAGACAGCAGUCCUUUAUGUCUAAGAUAUUUGGUAAUAAAAAGGAAGAUGAAAUGGAGAAGCUACCCAAUAUUGCUGGGAUGAAUUUGAACUCUCCUUUGACGAGCGUCGAAGACUUCGUACCUGAUGAUGCCGUUUUGGAUAAAUCUUUCCUGGAAGAAGGCAAUCAAGGAUCGCAAGCAUCGCCUCAUGAACGUGCGGAUUCCGAUAGUGACACAGAGACGGCCAAUCCCUUAGUCGCCGGUUUCGAAGACGAUUUGUCUUCCGGCGACGAAGUUGCAACUCCCGUCCAAUUAAAACUUGCAGAGAACCCUCUGAGUAAACAGAAACAUAAGCGCGAGUUGCAAGGUGCGGAGGCAAACCAAGAGAUGCUGCCGCAGAUCAACAAGCGCGACUCCGUGUCUUCCAGCGAGCAAGACUUCCAAGGUUCUAGUGAAUUUGAACUGAGUAGUAAUCGAAGAGACUCUGAUGCCUUUGAUAGUUGGCUUGGUCGGGAUUCCAAGUGGCGGCAAAGUCCCGAAGGAGGUGAGGAUGUCAGCAGCAACAGUGCCAGAAAAGACAGGCUCGAAUUCAGCGACGACAAGAGUCGAGAUGUUAGCAUGACUAGUUCUAACGUACACCUUGAGCUUCUUGACAAUUUUAGUGUGCAACAUUUGAGUUCGGCUGGAAGCAGUCCUGUCAUGAAGGGGAAAAAGAAGCACAAGGAGAAGAAUGAGGACAAAGAGAAGAAGAAAAAAAAGAAGUCCAAGGAAAGAGAAAGGGAGAGGGAGAGAGAGAAAGAGAAAGAGAGGGAAAAGUCCGAGAAAUCUGAGAAGGAGAAGAAGAAGAAGAGACGUUCAUUACAGAAAUCGAGGGACGAGAAUCGAGAACGAGAUGAGCUUGAAGAAUUUUUGAACGGCUCUGCUACAAGAGUUCAUGUUGACAUGGCAUACGAAGCCAUAUAAAAAUCGUGUCUAUUCUUUCGUCCGGCAUGAAGUUUUUUCGGUGUUUGUGACCUAUUUACAUUUCUCAAGACUUUAACUGUCGCUACUAAGAUAAACGGCUUGUACGUUGGAAAUUAUUUCAAAAGGAAGUACUAAUUUUAUAACUGGAAUAAAAUUUUGAUGGGUUUCGUAAAACAAUUUUGUUGACAGAACUUGUUACGUAGCUUUUUGAAACAAGUAAGAACUAAAAAAAAAGCCAGUAAAUACACAUAAUCAAAAAUGCCGUAUCAAAUCCUGCAUUUAAUAAUGCAUUUUUGCUGAAUUUUUCCGAAGACUCAAGAAAUUUGCAUUCCAAAUAACUAAGUGAACAGUUUCUAUCCUACUGCAGAGCCUGAGAUAGGUAUUUGUGAUUUAGGUAUAUUUUUUAGUUGAUAUACAACUAUACAACGACAAUGUUUGCCACCGAAGAGAAUUUUAAUUCGAACGAGUUUUCUGUAGUAGUUAAAGUAAUAGUAAGUUUCAUCGAACCAAAUCUAUUCUUCGUAAUUGCCGAGUCUUUAAUUAAUAAUUACUUGACUGACUACAAUCAGUUGUUUUUAUCUUUAUUUUUUUAUUGUUAAGUAGUAAAGUGCAAAACAGAUCUGUCACAUCGUCCGUUUCUAUUUAUAUAACCAUUUAUCAUUGUUAAUUGAGAUUUUAGAUGAUGACAUUGUUAUAUUUUCGCCAUCUAACUUAAUUAUAUCCUGUACGAUUAUACUAUAUUCAAAACGGUUUCGUGUUAAUAAAUGUAUAUAUAUAUAUAUA